CGUUAGACAUCAGUAGAUCUUUAUUCUUUCGACAGCUCGCAACGACAACUCAACACAGAUCAUAAUGUCGAAACUUGUGGUUUUGUUAUGCGCAGUGGCGAUGGCGGCAGCCAAGCCCGGGUUAGUGGCGCCUGUGACGUACAGCGCAGUGCCGGCAGUUAGCUCGCUGUCACAGUACAGCUCCAGCGUGUACCACGGCGCACCGCUGUACGCGCCAUCCCUCUAUCAGGCCUCGUACGUCGCUCCCGCCGUAGCUGCUCUCUCCCAAGCGCCCAACUCUCCGGCUUUGGUGCUCGACGCAGUCAACGGUGUGCCCCUGGACACCCCUGAGGUCGUCUCCGCUCGCCUCGCCCACUACCAGGCCAAGGCGUUCUCUGGCGUCCACCAUCUCCGCAAGCGCUCCGUCGCGCCCCUGGCUUACAGUACGCUCGUUUCCCCUGUCACUCACGGCGCUGUCGUUUCCCCCGUCGCUCCUCUCACUUACUCAUCCUACUCUCCCUAUGUAUCUGCUUACUCUGCACCUGCCGUGGUGUCAUCUCCUCUAACUUAUUCAGCUGUACUCCCUAAAGCUUACGGCGUUCACGCUUGGUAAAUAACGUAAUCUGUGAUCAACGACUUAUGUGUUACAUACCUAUAUAUUAAUAAUUAAAUAAACAAUUUUUCA